AUGUCGCUCCCCAAGUCUGUGGACGUCGUCAUCGUCGGCGCCGGCCCUGCCGGUCACACACUCGCCCUGUCUCUCCACCAGAGCGGAUGCCAGGACAUCCUCGUCGUUGAUGGCCAGCACAGAACGGCGAACACAUCUCGCGCGGCAGCGCUUCACGCAGCCACCGUAGAGGCCCUUGAACGACUUGGCCUUGCGGACCGCUUCGUUGCGAAAGGCAGACAGAUGCAGUCUACCACCAUUUGGACAAAGGGUUUCUCUCCCAUUGCCUCCGCAGGCUUCCGGUCGCUUGCCAAAAACACCAAAUACCCGUUCAUUCUCGGCAUUCCUCAGCACGUCUCCGAGCAAAUCCUGUCCGACGCUGCAAAAGAGCGGGGAAUCAUCGUCCAUCGGCCGCUGAGGGUCGUCGACCUUAAGCCGCACGCCCACGACAACACCCUGACCGAUGUCAUCUUCGAGAAUGGCGAGACCAUACGGGCGAGGGCCGUAGUUGGCGCCGAUGGCUCGCGCUCGACUGUCCGCAGUAUCUGCGGCGUCGAAUGGAAUGACCCGCACGGCGAGGUGAACGCGAACGUCGUCGACGACUCCGCGGCCGCCGCGAACAUGAUCGUCGCCGACGUCACCCUCACGGCGCCCCCGUCCCUGCGCCCCGACGCGAUCAACCUCGUCAUCGCGCCCGAGGGCCAGCAGAACGCGCUCAUGAUCCAGUACCUCCCCGGCGACCCGUACCCCGACGCCGUCCCCGCCGGCACGCCCGUCUACCGCAUCGCGAGCGGCAUCCCCGCCGCGCUCGGGCCCCCGCCCCGCGCGCCCGAGGUAGCCUACCUCCAGGGCCUCCUCGACGCCUUCGGACCGCAGCACGCCGUCGACGGCGCCGCCCCGCUCGAGGUCGAGCACGCGCUGUGGUCGUCGCGCUUCCGCACGCACUCGGGCAUCGCUGGGGCCUUCCUCACCAGCGCCCCCGGGGGCGCGGGCCCGGUGUGCCUCCUCGGCGACGCCGCACACAUCCACCCGCCGAUGGGCGGGCAGGGCAUGAACCUCGGCAUGCGCGACGCGGCGAAGCUCGGGCCCGUGCUCGCGCGGUACGUGCAGGCCGCGAAGGGCGGGGAGGCGGGCGCGACGGCCGCCGCGCGCGCGGACGUCGAGGCGUGGGCGACGCAGCGGCGGAAGCGGGCGCUGGAGGUCAUCGACCUCGUCCGCACGAUCCAGAGCAGGCUCUGGGUGCCGAACAAGACGGAGUACAUCUUCGGCGUCUUGCCGUACAACCCGGCGUGGAUCCAGUUCUCGGUGCUCAGCACGCUCACCAGCUUCGAGUGGUUCCGGUCCAAGACGGCGUGGGCCGUCAGCGGGCUCGGUGACCCGUAG